GGUCACUGUAUGGGGCUGCUGCCUCGGGUGAGUAGUCGGGUGUGAUUCUCCCCCGGUGACCCUCCGCCGGCCGCAGACAUGGCCAUCGCUCACAUCGCCACCGAGUACGUGUUCUCCGACUUCCUGCUGAAGGAUGCGUCCGAGGCCAAGUACAAGGGGCUGCGGCUGGAGCUGGCGGUGGACAAGAUCGUGUCGUGCAUCGCCGUGGGGCUGCCCCUGCUGCUCAUCUCGCUGGCCUUCGCCCAGGAGAUCACCAUGGGUGCCCAGAUCUCCUGCUUUGCCCCCGGCAGCUUCUCCUGGAGGCAGGCGGCCUACGUGGACUCUUUCUGUUGGGCAGCCGUCCAGCAGAAGAACUUGUCAAGCAGCGAGGCUGGCAACAUCCCCCUCUGGCUUCACAAGUUCUUCCCGUACAUCCUGCUCCUGGUGGCCGUUCUGCUCUACCUGCCGUCCUUGUUCUGGAGGUUUACGGCAGCUCCUCAUCUCUGCUCCGACCUGAAAUUUAUCAUGGAGGAGCUGGACAAGUCCUACAACAGGGUCAUCAAAGCUGCCAACGGCAAGAGCAGCGGCAAGAAAGAAGGGGCCAGUUCGCUGACGCUGAGUGACAACGUAUCACAGAGCCUGUUGGAGAUCUCAGAGGGUCACGUCAAGUACCCAUUUGUGGAACAGUAUCUGAAGACCAAGAAGACCUCUUACAACCUAAUCAUCAAGUACCUCAUUUGCCGAUCCUUGACGCUGGUGAUUAUGCUCUUGGCCUGUAUCUACCUUGGCUACUACAUCAGCCUCUUCUCCCUGACAGACGAGUUCAGCUGCAACAUCCGCACCGGCAUCCUGAAGAAUGACACCACGCUGCCGUCCUUAAUCCAGUGCAAGCUGAUCGCGGUGGGAGUCUUCCGGCUGCUCAGUUACAUUAACCUGAUUGUCUACUGCUUUGUCAUGCCUUUUGUCAUCUACGCCAUGCUGGUACCCUACAGGAGACGGUCCGACGUGCUGAAAGUGUACGAGCUGCUGCCCACCUUCAGCAUCCAGCAGUGUCACUCCAAGAGCUACGACGACCUCAGCAUCUUUCUUCUGUUCCUGGAAGAGAAUGUAAGUGAGCUCAAGUCUUACAAGUUCCUCAAAGUGCUGGACAACUUGAAGGACACGGGAGAAGAUUUUGACACCAUGCAGCUUCUGACGUCGCUUGGGACUGUGAAGACGGACACGGUCGACGGGAAGCAGACGGCAUUUAGAAAUGCAGCUCUGCCGCCUGCAGGGCAAGAUGGCGCUGAGCUUAAAGAUCUGACCCCAAACGACGGGGUGAAGAACUCUACGGAGGAUAAGAAAGUCAGACAGAGACUUCUAGAUUCGUCAUGCUGAUCAAUGCCUCGAACCUCUCCAACCAUGUUUACAGCAACCAUUGCGGCCAUUCACUGCACGAGCGGACAGCCGGACUGCGGCUGAACCGUUACUACUCAGGUCUUCCUAAUGAGGGGCCAUAUGGAGACUUAAUGUGGAGCUGUACCUUUAAGGCAGCAAUCAAAUGCAAGUUGCUUGUGUCCAAGGACUCUUUGCGAUACUAAUGAGCUGUCAAUCAAACUCUUACAGACUGACCGGUUUUGUCUUUGGGUAUACAGCGCCUCGAAGAAAAAGAAAAAACCUAAAAUCAACACUGGAUGUCACAAAACUGGGGAAAACUGAUAAAACUGCAUAAUACGUGUUUUUAGAACGUUCUUAAGUUUACAUUUAAUGACUUUUUUUUUUUUUU